AUGCCGAAUCCUAACAAUGUAAAACUCAGCUCAACCAUUGACUACUUUGAGCCCUCAAUGAUCAUGCCAUUGUCAACAUAAAAUCAUUGGAUGAAAAGAGCAAAGUAGGUAAGCCCUCCAAGACAAGUUAAGAUUCAAGAGAAACUGCAUGGUUUUAGCUUUAAUUAAAGACUUAAAAGCCUGACACCCUCUAAGUGGGAAAAUCGUAAAAAUCAUAAUGAACUGAAACCGAUAGUGUAAUUGGUGCCAUUCAAGUAGUCACCUAAAUACACUGAGUGGCAAACAAACUAAUUGAACCAACAAGAUGGCAAUCGAUAGAGUUAAUUCAAGGAUGUAGAAGCAAUAGAUGUUAGUAACAUUCCUAUUGUAGAAACAGAGAUUAUAUAAGGAUUUACAGCAAAUGACAAAGUUUAGCAUAUCUUCAAUAAAAAAAUUGACAAGCUUAACUAAGUAAUGCUUGAUAACAUUGAUAAAACUUCUAAGAAAUUCCGCUAAAAUAUAGAUGUGCUUAAAUUUUAGCAAUAAUUACAAGGAAAAAAGAAAAAAGAGUUACGCUUGCUUGGUAGAUCUGACUUCUUUACCAUUAAAGAGGAAUUCACUAAAGCUCAGAGAAGAGAGUAAAGAAAGUUAAGAAGAGAACAAAUGAAUAACCAUGCAAUAGUAGAGCUGAAUUAAUAGAAUGGUGAAAUUUUGCCAGAGAUAUAAGAAUUAUCUUAUUCAAAACUUUAAGAUUAAUAAGAGCGAUUGGCUGUUUUCAAGUAAAAACUUAGAGAAUAGAGAAUGAAUCACAGCCAGAUUCUCGGCCCUAUCAUAACUUCCAAUUACUUGGAUAUUUAAUCACCAAUUACCUAAGCUACAUCUGGGAACCCCUCCAUUUAGGAUCUAAGCUUUCUUUAGAUUAAGCCAAUUCAUUACAAGAAUAAGCUCUCUUUUGCGAGCGAGCUAAAGAAUUAGAUAUUCAAGACUCUCACUAUGAAGGAAAGUGCUAACUCUGAUUAGAAUAAUUAAAAUAGUGGUAACUAGAUCAAAAUCAUCAUUCCUAAGAAAAUAUACAAUGAAUCUCAAAUGUCUCACAUAAACAUACAAUAAGAUUUUGAAUAGCAGUAGAGCAAAUCUUAUAUUGCCUAGCUAGAAUAAGACUAUGAAAAUAAGAUGAAUUAAAUUGUUGCUCAAAGUAUGCCCUUGCCAAUGUUUGAAGAGGAAAUAAAUGAAGAUGACUUAUACAAAGAACAUGACAAAGACCAGGAAUAGGAGAAUAUAAUGAUAGAUAUAAUUAAUGGGACAUUCAAAGAAGAGCUUGAUAAGUACUUCGUCGAGUAAGAGGACAAGCCAUUCCUUUCAAAGAGACUCAAAGUGUUUAAGAAAUAAUUUACAACAGAGCAGGCAAAAUAUGAGCAUAUGGAUCUUCUAGCAAAUUCAAACAAGCCCAAAUUUAGAGAGGCAUUCAAAGAUGAUCCAAGAUUUAAAUUUCUUGAGAUAUGUAAGAAAGAAAAAAUCACUCCAAUAUCAAUAUUGCAUUAGCUUAAUUCUUCAAGGAUGGUGCUCAGAGAUGUUAAACUUAACCUUGGACUUUGCAAAGCACUAGCUCAUACUAUCAAUGAUGUGGAUGGAUAUAAACUAAAGUAUAUUUACUUGGAGAAUAAUGGUCUUGAUGAUGAAUGGUUUCCUAGCUUUUUACACUAACUCAGAGCUAGGAAUGAGCUAAUAUCUAUGAUCUUCGUUGAUAAUGAAUUAGGGGAAAAUACGAUCAAUAUGAUAUUGGACAUAGCUGAGGAGCUAUCUUAUCUAAAAUUCAAUUAGCUUAAGUUUGCGAGAUGCAGGCUGAAAGUUCCAAUCACAGAAUUCUUAAACCAACUUGAAGCAAGAAUACCUGUUAGAAAAUUAUCUUUGGUGUCAAUGGAUCUGGGAGAUACCAAUGCUCUUUAACUAAUGAGCUAUCUGAAAUCAAAUCCAAAUUUAAUUGAUCUCGACAUAUCUUGGAAUAAAAUAUCUCCAGUAAUGAUGAUAAAGUUAUUAGAGCUUCUAAGGAAGAUAAAUCAGGUUUAGUGUCUUAACCUAUCUUGGAACUCACUGAGUAUAGAAAACCAAAAACUAAUGAACCACACUUUGAACUCUUAUAUCAAGAACUCUUCUAAUCUAAUACAUCUCGACCUUUCUAAUACAAACUUGAAAGAUCAGUUUCUACUUCAAGUGGUUUCAAAUGUUUCAAAAUCUAUGACUUUCAUGUCCCUGCAUCUUUCAGGGAAUGAGUUGGGUGAUCAACUCAAAUUGAAAAUUAGAAAGAUUCUUAAAUCGUAAGAGUACUAUCAAAACAAUAGCAUUAACGAAUAAAUCCAUCAUAAUAUACCAUAAGAUAAGAGUGAAGUCAUAAUUGAUGCAUUCAACUAGAAAUCUCUAAGAGAGGAUUAAUUUGCCAAAAAGUAAAAUCUCUCUUUCUAGUCUGAUCUAACUGAGAAAUAUGUUAUCUGGAGAAUUAUAGGGCAGCAUGAACUGAAUAAAGAACUUAAGAAUAAAGACUGGCAAUAUGACAGUCAGUGGUAUGAAUGCCAUCAUUGCUGGGUUUGUGAUCAGUGGAGAUACUUUGUUACUUGUUCCUUAGAAAGUGAGUUCAUUGAGGAAUAUAAGGAGAAUACUCAGACUAAUAAGAUAUUUAACUAACUAGUUGAUAGAUUGAGCUAAGAGGAUAUUUUCGAUUUAGAAGUUGAUAACUAUUAUGUUAUUGGGACUUUUACGCAGUGGAAGUUUGUCAAAAUGUAAAAGCUAGUUCAUCUUAUGCAACGAAUAGAUCCAGGAGGUAUAAAUUACAAAGAAUAGAAGAGGAGUGACAAAGAACUUUGGAAGUAUUACUCGCAAGUAUGGAUGUUUAAGUUCUAGAAGUACUUGCACUACAAACCAUUUUAUGAUAGAUUGAUUCGAAAACCAUUAUCUGAUACUGAUGUUUUAUGGAUUUUCUGCGAUAUAGUCCCACCUGGAAAGCAUAACUAUUUUAUAGUUUCUAAAGAUGAAAAAGAUGUUCUCAAAAAGUUUUACUAUUCAACAGUGGUUAAGAUAAGAAAUGAGGAUGUUAAGAGAAAUGUACUUUAGAAGAGAAAAUAAGAAAAGCUGUAGAGAGUAUUUAGUAAAAACAAUAGCUUGUUUAAGGAUUGGGUAGAACCAACUUAGACAGGCUAUUAAAAAAUUAUUGAAAAUCUCUAAGACUAAUGGAAGAUUACAAGACUUAUCAAGGAAGAAGAUGAUCUGAAAGCUUGUAAUGAGAUAUUACUUAAGAAUAUUGAGCUGCUUUUGAAUGUAAAUAAAACGAUUGUUGCUAAUUCAAAUUAUCCUUCAAUCACUCUAAAUGAUUUUACUAAUUUUGGAAAUAACACUAAUCUGUUUGAUAACAGAUUUGGACUCUCAACAUUUGACAGAUUGUUCAUUGCUACAAAUGCUAGUGGAGGUAACACAAAUGAGAGUGUUAGCUAAGAACUCAGAAGAUUUGAGUUUUUUGAAGUGCUCAUAAGAAUAUCAGGGGCUAAAUUUAGAGAUACAGCUGUGUGCUAAAAUUUCUCACAAUCAUUGUAAAUGCUUAUAAGUGAGCAUAUCCAACCUUAUUAUGAGAAUCUCUGUCUUGAACAUCAAAGGUAUAGACAGAACGUGAUUUGGACUCUUGGAGUUAAUGAUAUGCUCAACGUAAAUAUUUCAUCAUUGAAAAAGUUGUACACACAGCUUUAAAACAGAACGAAUGAGAGAAUUAUUACACUCAAGAUUGCAAUUGACUUCUUAAUGAAAGAUUUUAAUCUCCUCGAUAGAGAAGUAACUUACUGUUAUUGCAUGAGUAAAAUGACUAUAAUAAAUGAUUUGGACAAGCAAAAUUAUUUGAAGUUAAAUUUCGUGGAAUUUCUAGAUUUUAUCUGUAGAAUUUGUGAUAUAGCUAUUGCUAAUGAUAUACCCUUACACAAAAAGUUAAAGCCAUUUCUACUAAAGAUUUUCUUAACGUUUGGACAAAAGUUCACAGAUUUUAACGAAGAGAUGCUAGAAGAUGCUCAAAAAGAGAAUGAAAAUGAAAGUGAUUACGAUUAAUAUUGA